AGGCCAACCAAUCAUUGGAUGUGCGCGUGGAACCACUUCGAGCAGCGGCCAAGCAAAUGCGCGAGCAGCAACAGCACAUCCGUGCUGAGGUGACCGACAUCGGAAGCACCUUCAAGCAAGAGAUCCAAAAGCUGUUUCAAACUAUGGAGAAGAUGGCAGACCGCUCCAGAGCCCUGGAACAGAAGUACAAACUGGCUAUGGAAGAUGCUCAAUUUCUACUUCUGCUUGCUUAAUAUCUCAGUUUUUGAGCUGUUGUCAUGUGGCUCCGUUCACAUUUGCAGUAGAGAUUACUCAACCAAGAUGUGCAAUGAAAGGUCUGAAUGUGAGGAGGUUAGUAGAUGCUAAUCGGUGUUAAUGGCAGUACUUGCAAUUUAUUUGUCAAAGAUCGCAUGUGAGGAUAGAAAGAAACUUCACAACAUGGUCCUGGAUCUCAAGGGCAACAUCCGGGUCUUCGUGCGUGUGCGCCCAAUUAACAGCAAGGAGAAACCUCAUGAGCCAGAGGGUGAGCCAACUAUAAACUUCAAGGACGACAUCAACAUAGGUGUCUAUGAUGGUCAGCAUAGCAGACGGAAGUUCUUUGAAUUCGAUCAAGUCUUCCCGCCCACCACCUCCCAGAUUCAGGUGUUUGAGGAAGCAAAACCACUUGCAACUUCAACACUAGACGGCUACAAUGUUUGCAUAUUCGCUUAUGGCCAAACUGGAUCUGGCAAGACGCACACAAUGACCGGAACGGGUGAAGAUCCUGGUCUGAACACCCGGGUUCUGCGUGAGCUUUUCCGAAUUCGCGAUGAGCGGAGAAACGAGUACGAUAUUCAGAUCAGCAUUGCGAUAACUGAGAUCUACAAUGAAGCUAUUCGAGAUCUUCUAAAUCCAGAUGGUAAGGAUAAAUUGGAUGUGCGCAUCAAUCCCGAUGGCACUUGUGGUGUUCCUGGUCUCACUGAAACACCUGUCUCCAAUGUGGAUGAUGUCCUGAAAUGCAUUGGAGAUGCGAGCAAAAACCGAGCCACUUCAACAACUGACAUGAACGAGCAGUCAAGCAGAUCGCACAGCAUAGUGACCGUUCGAACCAAGUGCACUCUGAAGGGAAGUGAUACGUACAUUGGCAAGAUUCAUUUGAUCGACUUGGCGGGCUCUGAGAACACUAAUAAGUCUGGUGUCACGGGCCAGGGAAUGAAGGAAGCCCAAAACAUCAACAAGAGCCUUUCAGCAUUGGGAGAUGUCAUUCAGUCUCUUGUGGGAAAGAGUUCACACACACCCUACAGAAAUUCGAAGCUUACUAUGAUGCUGAAAGAUUCAUUGGGCGGAGACUCCAAGACCUUAAUGAUUGUGUGCGUCUCUCCGGCACAGUUCAACGUCACGGAGAGCCUAAGUGCGCUCAACUUUGCCUCUCGUGCGCGGAACGUUGAGCUCGGCAAGGCCAAGCGGAAUGUCGCUAGCAACAACUGAGCAGACAGCCCUCGAACUCCAGCAGGGCAUGGGCAUCAUGGCCUUGACAAACUGUCAACUAUAGCGAUUCGUGUAGAUUCUUUUCUUGCGGGCUUGAGCUUCAUUUAGCAUUUUUGACAAAAAUACUGGUUGGGUCCUUUCGCAUGAGCCUUUGCAUGGGUGCAACUCAGUAGUCUCACACCCUGGAGCGGGAAUGCCAGCGCUUAUCUCUGUCGCAUGAUGGAGAGUCUUUGCCUGGCUUGCCUGCCAAAGCAAGGGUUUCAACCAAUAUAGCUGGCGCACCAGUGAAGUCUGCCGGUUAUUUGUCUGUCAGAGUCUUGCGUUGGGAAAA